UUUAACGGGCCCAUAAUUGAACAUUCAAAAAAUAGGGCAACCUUAGGAGGAAAACCCUAAACAUUAAAACCUGACUUUACCCCCAAUUUGCUUGUCUUCUAAGAAGAGAAGCCGCAAACUCCUUUUUCUUCUCCCUUCACCGUUUUCGCUUAUCUGAUCCUGCAAAGAUGUUCUCCGCUCAGAACAAGAUCAAGAAGGACAAGAAUGCUGCUACAACAGAGUGCGAUGAGCUUGUUGCUCAGGCUCUCUUUGAUCUGGAGAACACCAACCAGGAGUUGAAAAGCGAGCUGAAAGAUCUCUACAUCAACCAAGCUGUUAACAUGGACAUCUCUGGAAACCGCAAGGCUGUUGUGAUCUACGUCCCAUUCAGACUGAGGAAAGCGUUCCGCAAGAUUCAUCCUCGUCUCGUUAGAGAGCUGGAAAAGAAGUUUAGUGGAAAGGAUGUGAUCUUUGUUGCCACAAGAAGGAUCAUGCGUCCUCCCAAGAAGGGUGCUGCUGUUCAGAGGCCACGCAACAGAACUCUUACCUCUGUUCACGAAGCUAUGCUCGAGGAUGUCGCUUACCCUGCUGAGAUUGUUGGCAAACGUACUCGUUACCGUCUUGAUGGUUCCAAGAUCAUGAAGGUCUACUUGGAUACCAAGGAAAGGAACAACACAGAGUACAAGCUCGAGACUAUGAUUGGUGUGUACCGUAAACUUACUGGAAAGGAUGUCACUUUUGAGUACCCAGUUGAAGCUUGAAAGGAAGAAUGAUUCUGAGGAGAGAGAGCUUUUUAUUCUGUUUUUGUGAUAUUUAGGAUGAAGUAAACUCUCAUUUGGUUCAGUUCCUUAUUAACAAUCUUCAUAUUCUAUUUUACAAAGACUAGUUUACUGUGCUGUUCAAUUUUGAAAACAAUCUUUUGAUA